AUGUUUCUGAUCAUUUUCGUUUUUCGAUUCCUCUUUCUCUUUCUCUUACUAUUCGAACAUCUGCUCCACUGCUCUCUAUGUCUGCUCUGUUCAUUGAUCCGAAAGCUAUAA